AUGAAAGCAAAGCUUAAUCUAAAGAAAAAAACAUCACCUUUAGACAGAUUACGAAACAUAUGCUUAGCCCGCGGAGCAAAUGGCAUUUUGGGUAUCGGAAGGCAGUUUAGAAUAAUCGAUGAUGAUGGAGACAAGAAAUUGGAAUUCAGAGAAUUUUUUAAAGGGUGCAGAGAUUUUGGGACCGAGUUAACAAAGGAGGAAGCCCGAGAAAUUUUCGAGACAAUUGAUAUAGAUAAAAGCGGAACGGUUGAUUUCGAAGAAUUUUUGAAAGCGCUGAGAUCAAGGAUUGAUAUUGUUAAUAAGGCCUUCAUGAAACUGGACAAAACUAGGGAUGGGGUAAUAAAGAUUGACGAUAUCAGGGGAGUGUAUAACUGCAGACUUCAUACAAAAUAUCUCAAUGGAGAGAAAACAGAAGAUGAGAUAUUUCUUGAUUUUCUCAAAACAUUCCAGCCUGCGGAUAGCGCUGACGAUACGGUAUAA